UUUCCUUUACCUAGAACACAGUCGAUCGUAAACUCAUCUCUUCGUUCUGCGUUUUGCAUCUACUUUUUUUUUUGGCAAUAGUACCGGUAUACUGUAUCAUUUUUUUUUUUUUUUAGUGUUGAGACUUUGUUUCAUUUUAAGGAUACAAAAUGAGGACCAUAGUAUUUGCUCUAAUUAUUGGAGUAGCAGUUGCACAAAAUCAAAAUUACCAUCAGCAGGAUCAGGGAAAAAAUCAGUAUCGUGAAGAUGACAGAAAUGGAGAAAGGCGCGUUAGUACAACUCCUAUUCCAAUUCUUCAAUGGAACAAACAACAGGAACAUGAUGGAACUUACAGAACAAGCUACGAGACGGGUAACAAUAUUAUCGCGGAAGAGAGCGGUUACCUUAAGACGGUAGGUGAGGGUGAAGAUCAAGUCGAGUCACUCGUCCAACAAGGAAGUUAUUCUUAUACAAGUCCUGAGGGUCAAUUGAUAACAGUUCACUACACAGCUGAUGAGACUGGUUUCCAUGCUUCUGGUGAUCAUAUUCCAACUCCACCUCCUGUUAGUGAAGAAAUUCAAAAAGGAUUGGAUCUCAUUUAUGAGGGAAUUCGUAAACAACAGGAAGCUGAUGCUCGUGAAGCUGCUCUCAAGUCAAACCAACCACUUAGCCAGCAGGUUGAUAGACAACAUGACGACAGAAAAUACCGACAAUAAUGAGAUUAAAGUAAAUACCAAAUUGCAAUCUUUAGUUUAAGUUUAGAUCAUAUAAAAAAAAAUUGUAUCCUUAUAAACACCAAUCAACGAAAUACUCAAACAAUACCGAAAUAAUUUAAAAAAAAAAAAAAAAAAAAAACGAAAAGCAUUGUUCAAAGCUUCAUUUCUUAUCUGUCGUAAUAUCACCUACCUUGUAUCUUUAAUAUUAAUAUAAUUAUUGUAUUGUAGUAUUAUUACUAUUAUUAUUGUAAUUUUUUUUAUUGUGCGUAAAGACUAAGAUGCGAAAUGCACCCUUCGACCUGUGCCAAUCCGACCAUUAUCAUCAUUAAAAUAUUAUCAUAAAUCGUAAAGUGAGAAAACUC